AUGGAGGAUGGAAGAGCCAAUAACGGCAAGAUCCAACACCGACUAAUAUCGCCUUCAAUCGCCCUCUCAAUAACAAAGAGCUAUGCCGAACCUUUAAAGCAGGUCGAGCUCGUCGCCAACACGCGCAAAUCUUUAGGAAUAACAAUGGGAAAAAUCAAAGACGUUCUGAAUUCGAUCAGCAAGGACGAAAAGAACAUCUCGCGCAGCGGUUCUAAAGCAACCAUUGACAGCAAAGCCCCCCGCCGCCCUUCGAAGGCUUCUUCCAAGGAGACUGUCGAGUCCGCAGCAUCUCCGGUGGUUUUAAGCACCGAACCUGUCCAGGAAAACAGCAGGAAGCUCAGUAUCAAGACUGAUGUCCCAGUCCCGGUUGUUGAUCGCCGAUACUCUACUGCGGAGCCUCUCAGUGGCAAAAUUGUCCCGGAUACCGAAAGUCAGAAAGUGGCUGCAGCUGUCACGCACAAUCUGAUUAAGCACGAGGAAGUCGAAGAAAUCACAAGAGCUAAGGAGCAUGAUAGACACAUCCACCACGUCCAACACCAUGUCCAGCCCGUGAAAGACAAAGAGAUAUUGGAGGAGGUACAUCGCACCCAAGUCGCCCCGGUGACGGCUGUUCAUGAGAACAUUGAAGCCAGUGCCGCGGACGCCGCCGCUUAUGAGUCUCUCGGCAGCCAAUUCAAAGACGAGGUUGUUCAUGCCCCCGUCGAAAAAACGAUUCUCGAUUGUGGCGAGACGGUCCAGGUUAGAGAGCAUCACCAUGUGCAUCACGUGGUGCAACCAGUCAUCCAAAAGGAAACCCACGAGCGACAUAGAAUACACACUACGAUUCCUAUUCACCAUGUCACUCACGAAGCUCCGAUAAUACAACCAUCGAUUAACCAUGAGCCAUUGCAAAUGGAUGAGUUUUUGAAACGAGGUGGUUCCGUGAGCUCAGGCUUGACCCACACUGAAAUCGGCCAGACGCUACUCACCGAAAGACGUGCCAGCGUCGUUGCCACUGUAGCUAGCGAGCCCGUCGCUGUGACGAGUGCCACUACCGAACUUGAGGCUGAUCUUUCCAAGAAGUUGAACAUCUGA